GCGACUUCAGUUUUCAGCAGACGAUCGUGGCGAAAGCAACAGUAUUUGCAUUAUUUUCCAAACGAGUCAUCAGCGAUGGGUGGAAGAAACGUGAUCGGUUGUGCAUUGUUUAUCGUUCUGACGAUCCUGUUCUGUGAGGCAUUUCACUUUCCGGAUGUGGCUCAGCUCGAGUUAAGUGAUGUUCUGAACAAAAACUGCGGCUCUACGGAAUACGACGAUCGCGAUCGUCCACCAGAGGGUCGCCUUCAGGAAUCCCCCUGGUUGGCGCUGUUCUACUACCCGGACGAACCGGUUCACUUCUGCCAUGGGACGUUGAUUACGACAAAGCACAUUCUGACGACAGCCGUUUGUGCGACCAAUAUAGCUGAAAACGAGACUACAAUUGUUUUGGGUGAUUACGAGCUGUAUGUGGACCAGGACUGCGAGGGGGUCAAGUGCUUGGAUCCAGUUCAGCGGAGAAGGGCGCAUAAGGUGAUUCUGCACGAACAGUACGAUGCGGAGAGCUUUGAGAACGAUUUGGCGAUGGUGGUUCUGGAUCAGGACGUGCUGCUGACCGAUUCCGUCAAACCCAUCUGCCUGCCGUUGAUCAAGUUCGAAAUCGGCACCGUCAACCAGCCGAACGUGUACAACGCCCUCUGGACCAGUAAAGCACGGCCGCAGCAGUACUGGAUGCGUUACGUCGAGCUGGAUAGGUGCCGCAAGCUGGUCCACAACAAAAUCAUGCUCAACGAGGGUCAGAUUUGCGCCAGCAGUUUCAACAACCGGACGAUCGAAAUGAUCGGCGGUGCGGGAUCGGCUCUGGAGGUUGAGUAUCACAACCGCAUCUACCAGGUAGCGAUGCUGUCGAUCGGGAUCCUGGACUCGGACCCCGGAACACCGUUCGUCUAUGUCGAUAUUCCGAAGUACGUCAAAUGGAUUCAUGAAUCGGUGAAGAAAAACCAAUAAGCGUUUGUGUGGAUAUAAAUAAAGAGAUUUAAC